AUGUGUGGAGGAGUUAAGGCAUGGAACUUCACCAGGGUUGGUAAGAAUGUUAUCCUGAUGAUCAGGGUAUGUCGGUGCUUCCGGCGUGGACUGAAAGGAUUCUCAUGUUUCCACCUGAUAGAGAAAGACACUCGUGCGGAGAUUGAGGAAGACAAGAAAACUACCCAUGCUGUGUUUGAUCGCCAUGAGUUCAGUGUUUCAAAGGAGCAUUUUCCUUUUAGAGCAAUCCAAAUAACCAAGAAGCCACCGGCAUGGAGGACUGAUUCUGAAAUAAAACAUUUACAGAACCGCUUGCAGUUCCUGGAAAGCUUUCGACAGUAUAGUCCAACCCUGCAAAGUCUUCUGGCCAAAGUGAUUCGCUUCGAACGGUUUGGUCGCAGGAGAGUCAUCAUCAAAAAGGGACACCGGGCAGACAGUUUCUACUUCAUCUAUUGUGGUUCUGUUGCUAUCACUGAUGACGAGGAUGGUAGCAGCGCAUUUGUAGAAGCCGCUCCAACUACAAUUCGGAAAGGUGCUUGUUUUGGUGAAAUUGCCCUUUUGCAAAACACAAGGAGGGUCGCCACCGUUGUCUGCCUGGAGGAAACGGAACUGCUGGUGGUGGACAAAAGUGAUUUUUUUGCCUACGAGCUAGACAAGGAACUUAACCGAGAGUUCAAAUACCGAUAUGAAUUCCUGAGAAGCGUCGACCUUUUCGAAACGCUGCCCGAUUCUUCAGUAGCGAAAAUAGCCUACUAUUGCAAAAUCGAGAGGUCCCACUAUGGGCAGGUGAUUACUAGCGACAUCCCAGAUUCGUCCAUGAUGAUAUUUAUUACAAAGGGUGUUUGUGAGGUUUUGCGACUGGUGGAUCUCAGCACCUGUCCAUCUUACCAUAAGUGGAUCUCAAAACAACUGUGUUUCCCCAAACGCAAGCUGCGGAUGAUGGAGAAGCGCCGCAUAGCAGCUGAGAUUGCGUGCGUUGACAGAUUCAAAAGCACGAUGUGGAAUUCCUAUAGCGGGGAGAGAUUGAAGGACCUCAAAGACUACUAUAUCGGUCAGCGGAAUGAACAGUAUUACCAAUUCAUGAAGCAGGACAGUCUCUUCAACAGGCAGCAUAAAAGCGUCGUGCUAAACGUGGACAAAAGUUCAUUCAUUCAUAAGCACCAUGGGGACGACGAUCCGGAGGUUGUUCAAAAGAUUGUAUCAGGAGAGUUAAUAAAGGAACCCAUGUACUCUACUUCCUAUGGAGAGAUGCCAAGUUCUGUUGCAGCAGCUGUAUACAUAAGAAUGGAUGAAUUACGCAAAGGUGAAAUGAUAGCAAAUCUGCAAGAUAGUCGUGUCAUAGUUUUGGUCAGUCAGGGGGCAGAGAUCAUCCGUUUGAAAAAGGAGAAGGUUGAGGAAUGGGCAGAUGCUGCCACAAUGAUAAAAUUUGGCAAAAUAAAGAUGAAAUAUCCCAGUGAUGACGAGCUGUGUCAAGUCUUCCUCAGACAGAACUCCUGGGAGUCGUUUAAGAAAGAUCUGCUGGGCGUUGUGAUGCGGCCCAAACUCAUGAAGAUGGUGCACCCUCCUCAUCCGUGCCCAACGGAAGAAAUCUACGACCCUUGGUGCGUGAACCGAGCGGGCGUCUUGGACCUAAGUCAGAUGCGCCACCAAAAAGAACUUCCCUCAGAGAAGUAUAAGUUCGUUCCCGUUGGGGUGGAACGCGGAAAACAGAGUUUGCCAUAUAUUCAGCCAAGAUUGAUCCAUAGCAUCACAGUCCUCCGUUCUCCUCUGGAUGGAGCAUUUUAGUGAGCUGUUUAA